UCUGGCUACCCUCACCUGUCGAAUUGGUGUACUGGGGUGUGAGCACUGUCACUUGCAAACAGCUCCUCGGAGCCACAGGUGAGAGCUGGGUGUCCGGUGGGGACCAAAGGUGGAUGAGCUGCCCCGGAAUGGACACGACAAGCCCUUCUCCCUGGACAGCCCACACGUCACUCAAGUGGGUGAUAAUGAAGCUGGUUGUAAUUGUGACAGUGUCACACCCCCAGCUUGCUCGCCACAACGCUGACCUGCCUCCUGCUCUCCGGACAGACCCAGCAGACGGAAGCCAGGCUCAAAUCACCAAACUUUCGCCCCAAUUCGAGUGGUGGAGGCGCCGAGGCCGGAAGUGGGCGUGACCCGGGCAGGAAGUGCUCCGUGCGGCGGAGGGUGGACGAUGCUGGGGGCCGGAGCAGGUACCCGGGCUCGGGCCUGGGCCUGGGCCUGGGCCUGAGGGCCGCGUCCCAGCCCGGCGCUGUAUGGCGGGCCUGCUCCAGCUGGCCCUCAGCCGCCCCGCCGUCAUCUCUUACGGCGGUUUCGCCAAAGGCCUGAGCCGCACCCUCGUCACCUUCUUUGAGCUGGCCUGGCGGCUCCGCCUCCGCUUUCCUUACCUCUACCUGGUGACCUCCAUGGUGCUGAACGUCCGCCUACAGGUUCACAUUGAGAUCCACUAGGUGAUUCGGAGCAUGUCUCUGUGUUAAUUCAGUCCUGGACUUUGAAAUUGCUGUCUAUUUAUCAACCAUUGAUAAUGGUGACUUCAAAUCUCAGACUAUACUGGAGUACGCAGACUGUGAAUGCGUUGGAAAAUGUAAACAGUUAUCAGCGCUGCAGCGGAAGGAAUGAUGCGGUCACAGGUGCCCAUGGGCUUUCUACACAAUCGCAGGAUUCCAGUUGGCAGCUUCAAGCUACAUUUCCUUUAAGAAAUGGACUUGGUGUUUUAAUAGAACAGCGGAAAUCACUGUGUAGAGAGGGGAAAGAGCCUCUUUCUUUUAUUCAAAAUUGCUUUUCAGCAAGGAAUCUUCGGAGGGUGCAUGUCUCUCCACGUUUGGCAAUAGCAGAGGGAAAUCUGGAUGAGCACUUUAAAAGCCCCGACACAGCGGCAAUGAUGGACUGUCUGGGGAGAGUGAGUGAAGUUUUACAGCUGUUCAGGACAUGGUGGAACCCAGGGGGAAAAUGUCUGCACUUUGCCAACCACCAGUUGUUAAGAGAGGCUGCAGUCAGAUGAGGGAAUAUUAAAAGACAAAUUAAUCUUAUUAGUUGCACAUGAAGCCCUCGCUGUUAGGAGAUGAUUUCAAAAUUGAAAUGAUGGCUUUUCCUUUUAACCCCCUCGCAGUGAUCCAACCACCUUUCUCUGGGUAUCAGCAGGCUCUGUGCUUCCUGACAAUCUCCAUAGAAACCUCUUCUGUCUGAUCUGAAGUGUUCCUUUUGCAAUGUAGUGCUUAGCACAAUGGUGUAAGAUAGUUAACUUAAAAUGAUGGGCCUCAGGACUGCAAUUAUGGCAUGAUAACUGCCUUUCCAAAUGUACUGUUCCAUUUGUGCAAUAAUGGCUGAGUGACUGUUUAAAUCUGAAUAUUUUUCAAGUUUGAUAAAAACAAAUACAGAUCAUAAAUUUUCUCUU